CCACGCCCACGGGGCGGGGCUUCCCGGCUCUCUGACAUUCCACCCCCAUCCGCCACCUGCCCGGGUCGUUAGCCUGCCCGACCCAAAGUCCCCUCCAGGUCCAAACCAGACUGGGUGCGGGCGGACCGAGGAGGACCGACGCACUCACAUGUGGUCCUACGCGCCUACUGUGUGCCAUGCCCUAGUCUACGUGCUGCAAAUACGCUCGGAAAAAAGAGACGAAACAGCCUGCGCUUGUGUGGCUCAGAGGCCCCUGCAGGGAGAAACACACCCCUUUCUUCACGACCUUAGGUGGCGAGCCCACGUGACCAAACAAGCCAGACCACUGAGCAUGGUGUAGACCAAGGACACUGCCCUGGACUCCAUGGAGCCACAACCGGACACCAGUCACAAGGAGAACAUGCCCCCAAGGCCUGGGGCACCCCUGAGGCCAGAGCCACAGAGAUUCCAGAGCAGCCUGGGCGUCGGCCCGGGCAGUGGAUGUGGCCAGCGGGUGCCCAAGAGGGGAAGUCCUGCUGCCACGCCCUCCCCAGGGGCGGCGCUGCACCAGGAGCCCUGCGGGGUCCAGACCAACCUCGCCAGCCCGGGUCCCCGCCUGGGCCUAGCCCUGAGGGACAGCAGGGGCCCACUGGCCAUGUCAAGCUUCUGGCAACAGAGUAACCUGCAGCCUGCCGCUGGGAGGCCCCAGGGCAAGGCCCGAGAGUUUGCCCAGCAGAGUAACCUGAGCAUGAGCGAGACCACCAGCCCCCGCCUCUGGCCGGAGUCUCGGGAAAGCUUCGGGCCCCACGUGCUGCCCUGGGGAAGUCCCCUACCCCAGGGGCCACUGAGUCACCCAUCCCGCAGCCUGAUGCAGUCCAGGCUGCCGGCCACAGACACGCACAGCCUGGACUUGAGGCCCGAGGCAGGCUUUGCCCCUCUCAGUGGGCGCACACAGCCAGGCCCCAGGUCCUGGCGUGGCCUGGGGAACUGGCCCUCCAGGGUGGAAGCGGAACCCCUCACGCUGGACGACCUGGCUGUCCCUGGCCAGAGCCAGGCUCGGGCCCCAUCCCAUGCUGCCAUCCACCAGCUACUGGCCUCCGUACGGCGCCUGGAGCAGGAGGCGGCCCGUCUCCAGUGCAGGGCGUCCCAGGGGUCCCCAGGUGCUGCGCAGCGGGACCCCUGGGCCAGCAGCGGCCGGGCGCCCCAGCCCAGCCGGCCUGCUCUUGCCUUCUGGCAGGAGAGGAGGAAGAGACUCCCCCAAGGCCACAGGGAAACUGCAGAUUUCCUCGAGUCCCAGGGGGCUCAGGCUGGUCCCUCAAAGUCUUGGACACGCAGCAAGCCAGCGUGGCCGGAGACCACUUCGGGGAUGCUGCCUGGAGAUCUUGACCCUGAGCAGGGGCCCCUUCCCGCACACCCCCUGCGGCCCGGGGAGGACUGCUCCCCAGGGCCUGUGUGUGGCAGGGCGCAGAGGGGCCACCCUCGUCUUCCUCAAGGGGUGUACAGCAGGGAGGCCACACCCUGCUCUUCAGCCUUCUCUGGCGCAGCUCGGGGGGGCCUACCUAGGCGGAAAGGAGAGGAGGGGGCCCUGAGGGAGCUGGCCCACAGGGAGGAGGAGAGCACGGCUUCCUGUCCGCCAGACGCAGCCCCAGCCAGGAGCACCCCGAAGAACCAGGUCCCAAACACUGUGGCUCUGGAAUCGGAGGCAGUCCGGUGA